GUAUGAUACUUGACCCCUACUUUGAGUCUCCUACCUAUUCCCAUUCUCUCGUAGCAAUUUCUUAUACCACACUGCACCCUUUAACAUUCAUCAUUUCUCUUCAUAUAUAAAUCAACUUUUUCUUCUUAAUUUUCUUGCACCUACUCUUUCAUUCUUCAGCCAAUAUGAGUGAUGAAUUAGUACUUGUUAGAGAAUUUGAAGUUAAUAAAGAUAGAGAAAGAGUAGAAGAAGUUGAAAGGACAUGUGAAGUUGGACCCAGUAAUAAACUUUCUCUCUUUACCGACAUGCUUGGUGACCCCAUUUGUAGACUCCGUCACUCACCUUCUUAUCUCAUGCUGGUUGCUGAAAUUGAUGAAGAGAUAGUUGGAAUGAUAAGAGGUUGCAUCAAAACCGUUACAUGUGGUAAAAAAUUCUCAAGAAAAUCAACUAAACAACACCCUGUUUACACCAAACUUGCUUACAUUUUAGGCCUUCGCGUUUCGCCUAAUCAACGGAGAAUGGGAAUAGGUUUGAAGCUAGUAAAAAAAAUGGAGGCAUGGUUUAAAGAUAACGGCGCUGAAUAUUCAUACAUGGCAACGGAAACAGAAAAUUUACCGUCCGUUAAACUCUUCACGGAAAAAUGUGGUUAUUCAAAGUUCCGUACACCGUCGAUUCUUGUCAACCCCGUUUUUGCUCAUAAAACUAAAAUUUCACCAAACGUCACUAUCAUUCCGUUAACUCCGUCAGACGCCGUUAUUCUCUACCGUAACCGUUUUGCCACCACUGAGUUUUUUCCUAACGACAUUGAUGCGGUUCUUAAUAACAAACUUAGUCUUGGUACAUUUCUUGCCGUACCACGUGGGUCCUACAAUGUUGAAACAUGGCCCGGCCCAGAUAGUUUUCUUUUGGGCCCACCAUGUUCUUGGGCUAUUUUAAGUGUUUGGAAUUCUAAGGAAGUUUUUAAGCUAGAGGUACGUGGCGCGUCACGCAUGAGACGUGCAUUUUGUAAAACGACGCGGGUUUUGGAUCGGGCUUUGCCGUGGUUGAAAUUACCGUCGGUUCCGAAUUUGUUUAGGCCUUUUGGGUUUCAUUUUCUAUAUGGGAUUGGUGGUGAAGGCCCAAAGAAGGUUAAGAUGGUUAAGGCUCUUUGUGGGUUUGCUCAUAAUUUGGCUAUGGAAUGUGGGUGUGGAGUUGUGGCUACUGAGGUUGCUUCAUGUGAACCGUUGAGGUUUGGGAUACCUCAUUGGAAAAUGCUAUCUUGCGCGGAUUUGUGGUGUAUUAAGAGACUUGUUGAAGACUAUAGUGACGGUUCUAUUGGUGAUUGGACCAAAUCUGUUCCUGGAACCUCCAUUUUUGUGGACCCUAGAGAGGUUUAAGAAAACUAGUCCAUACUUUUAAAGUACGAUUGUGGUCGCACUGUUAUCUUAGGAACUUUUAUGGGUUUAAAAUUGCAGUUGCGAUAUUGUUGUAGAUAUUUUCAUAAUUUUUUAUAUUGUGCCACUUUCAAUUAUCGAGACUGCAAUUUAAAAUUAUGAUUUUGCCUUGUCCUAUUGAAUAAGUUUUUCUAUUCUUAA